AUGGAAGCCGGAGCAGCCGGUGUGCUUUACGCAGCCGAGAACCUCCUGGAGGCCGGUGUAGCUCUCGUCAAGGGCAUAACUCAUCCGACAUUGCCGAUCAAGGCAAACCUCACGCGCAUAUCCUCCGUCCCACUCCCUCGCUCGCAUCACACCGUUUCGGUAGUCAAAGGCCGCGCAUACAUCUUUGGUGGAGAGACGGAAGCUGGCAAACUCGCAGACAAUGACAUGCACGUUGUCAUCCUGCCAUCGAGCGGUGUUCUCGACGCCGACUACACCAAAUACUCAGCCCGCGCGGCCAAUGGCCUGGACGAUGUACCGAACUCGAGAAGGGGACACACGGCUGCGGUCAUUGGGGAUAGCAUCUACAUGUUUGGUGGCGAAGGAGACGGUGUAACAGAUGAGAAGGGGCGGAUCUGGGUUUACGAUACGAUAUCAAACACCUGGACCUAUCUCGAUCCAGCCGAGGGCACGCUGUUCCCCAGCCAGCGAAUUGGCCACGCUUCGGCGAGCUCAGACCUCCCAGGCCCCAAGACGACGACGUACGUUGAGAAGGCACCGCAAGCCCCCGCCGAUCCUGCGAAACACGUUCCCGAGCCGCCAGAAGCAAACUCAUACGGAACCAUCUUCGUGGUUGGAGGGCGCGAAUGUUCGAGCAGCAAUCUUGCCAACGAUGCACUUGCGUUCGACGUCAAGACACGAACGUGGACGAACAUACCUUCCCCAUCAGGUCAGCCACGGGAAGGUGCAAGCCUCGCGCUCGUUGGCAGUCGCCUCUAUCGGUUUGGUGGAAAGGGAAUCGAGACAUUUGCGUCAGGUGCGACCGAGUACGUGGAUGCAUCACAUGUGUGGACACAUGCAGAGCGCGGGACUACACCUGUCACUAGUGGGUGGGGCUGGGAAGAAGUGAAGCACACCGAAAGUAGCACCGUUACAGCACCGCAGGCGCGCGCAAAUGCAGGACUCGUGGGCGUCACCACAGGUCAAGGGCGACACUACUUGCUAGCUGUCGGCGGAGAGACUGAGAACGGAGAUUACCUCGACGACAUAUGGGCACUGCAGCUCGCACCAGAGCGCUCCACGGCCGCAGCGACUAAGGAUAACAUACGCGCGGGUUUGAAGAGAGAUACGCAUGAGUCGCAAUGGGCUGAGGCGAUAUAUCGAUACGUAGACACAAAAGGCGAAGAGGAGAAGGAGAUUCCAGGAAAGCCAAAGCGAGGCCUCGGAGCGAGGGGGCACUUCGGAAUCGCCAAGGGUACCGAAGUCGACGGCGCGACGUGUGUAGUCUGGGGUGGAGUCGAUGCGAACGGCAGUGUACUGAACGACGGUUGGAUGAUUACUGUUGACAGGUAG